UUUGGUUUUAAAAUUAUUUGCUCAGAAAGAUAAAAUGCAAUUGUUAUAAAGCUUAGUCGAAAAAUAACAGUCACUUCACAAGCUUGGGGGUCAGGUAGGAUACAUUCAAAAGUAAAAUGAAAGUGGAUAAAGAGACCUAUUAUACGCCAGUUAAAAAUGGGGAAAAGGGCAUUGAGGAGAAUGAGCAGAAUGUCAAACUUCCAUUAAUCGGAGUCAGACACUGGCAAGUUCUCCUUUUAUUCAUCAUGGUAUUCACUGCAUUUGGCUUCAGAAUGAUCUUAUCCGUUGCAAUUGUUGCAAUGACCGAUCCCAAUGCUAGCACCAACCCCAACGUACCUGUCUAUGACUGGAAAGACAAAGGCUCAAUCCUCUCGGCAUUUUUCUGGGGCUACAUUUGGCCGCAAGUCUUUGCUGGCUACGCAGCUAAUCGAUUUGGAGCCAAAUGGUUCCUGAUCGGUACCAUGUUCGUGCAAUCCUUGCUGGGAAUUUCCACUCCAUUAACCGCGGCCUAUUUGGGUUCCGCAGGAAUGUGCAUGAGUAGGGCUUUGCAAGGCGUUUGUCAAGGCUUUAUUUUUCCUUCGGUCACUCAUCAGCUGAGCCAGUGGGUUCCACACGAGGAACGGAGUCGAUUAGGAGCAUUUGCAUUCGGAGCUGGACCCUUUGGAACCGUUAUAGCGAUGCUAAUUUCAGGCCAAAUAGCUUCCAGCUGGUAUGGUUGGCCUUUAAUAUUCUACAUUUAUGGUGGAGUUGGACUUGCCUGGUGCUUGCUGUUCACUGUUUCAGGAUCCAACAGCCCUGCAGUGCAUCCCACUAUAAGUAAAGCUGAAAAAUUUUACAUCGAACAAAGUUUAGGUCACACCGAUGAAAAACCUUCCCACAAGGUACCAUGGAUAAGUAUAUUCAAAUCGGUACCAGUAUGGGCUAUUUUUGUGGUACAACUGGGAAACAACUAUAGUAUGUGGACUUUGAUGACGCAAAUACCAAACUACAUGAGCCAUGUGAUGAAUUUCAACAUUAAAGAUAAUAGUACUUUGUCGGCUCUUCCAUUUUUGACUCUGUGGAUAAUGAGUUUCAUGUUCAGCUUCACAUCGGAUAGUAUUAUCAACAAAAAAAUGGUCACUAUUGGUACUUCUAGAAAAAUAUUCAAUACUAUUGGUUUAGUAGUACCGGCAAUAGCUCUAAUAGCUCUAGGCUUCACCAGAUCAGAUCAACCAGCUCAAGGUGUGAUCCUUUUGAUCGUCGCUGUGAGCUUCAACUCAGCUUGCAUGUCCGGAUGGGGUUUGAACCACAUGGAUCUUUCUCCCAACCAUGCUGGUACCCUUAUGGGUUUGACCAAUGGCCUUUCGCAUAUCGCUGCUAUAAUCGCACCGUUGACUGUACAGUAUUUGGUCAGAGAUGAAGAAGACCCAAAAGAAUGGAGAGUGAUAUUUUUACUUGCAGCAAGUCUUUGGAUGUUGGUAGCUGUGGCGUUUAUCGGUUUCGGUUCUGGUGAAGUGCAGCCAUGGAACGAAGAUUCCGAAGAAGAAAAAAAAGAAAAAGCCUAAUCAUGCAAAAUGCUGAGAUUUUUAUUGAUUUACAAACCAAACUAUUUAUUAUAUAACGCAUUUAUUUUCAUAAUAAAAUUACCUUUAUCGUUGAAUGUGUCGAAAACCUUUUAGACCCCAUAAGAUAUUUUGACACUAAUGGUGUAAAAUAGAAGAUAG